AUGGGUCCAGUGGCUCCGGGGGCGCAGCUUAGUCAGAACCAUUGGUCGAUAUACCUCGUUGCGAAGGAGGGCGGACCCAUGCGGCUCAACAUGGAAACAAACACCUCUCCUGGCACGGGUGAAGGCAUCUUCAGAGGAACCCGCCAUCAAUACGACUUGAUGAGCAGUCAGGUCCGACAUUGGGAA